GUCUGCCGCGCAUCCGGUGGUGGUGGUGGUUCAAAUGCUCAUUCAAUCAUAGAUCUAGCUCUGGUAUCUACGAGUUUGCCUACUCCUACUACGUUGUACGUCGCUCGUCGCUCGCUCUGUCCUCUGCGUCGCUCUGUCCGAUGAUUGCGGCCGACCACAUUUCGCCUCCUGCACGUCUGCUUCGCGUCCCACGGAUCCAUCCCGCUGGAGAAGGCGCUCGACGAAGACGGGGCGUACGAGGUCAGCUUGCGCGUUAGCGCUGGGCAUGGCUAGUUGACCCGGUAAAACGCAUACGGUGUGCGCAGAUGAACGACCACCCACUAUCACCAGAUCAUGGCUUUCCGUUCCGUGUGGUCGUGCCCGGAUACACGGGCGCACGCUGGGUGAAGUGGGUGGACGAGAUCACUGUUGCUGAACGCGACUCGGAGAACUUUUACCAGAGGAAGGACUACAAGGUGCUUCCGACGAAGGUACAGACACACGAGAUGGCGGACAAGGAGGACUGGUGGUCCAAGGUCCCCGCACUUCAAGCCAAUCCGCUCAACUCGGCGGUUGCCUCCGUGAGAGUGGUGCCGCCAGAUAGGCUCGAAGUCAGAGGUUACGCAGUGCGGGGUCCUAUCGGCCAGGUGAGCAGAGUAGAGGCGAGCGUUGAUGAGGGCGACACCUAGCAGCCUGCGACCAGGAGGGCCGGUGGAGUUGGACGCUGUGGGAGGCGACCUUGGACGUGCCGCAUGCUCACAGAGGGAAAGAGGGCAAGGUGUGGUGCCGAGCGGUAGAUGUGGCAGGGACAAGGCAGCAGCCCGACACGGACUGGAACUUGCGCGGGGUGGCAUACUCCGGCGUUGGAGAGAAGGCGUUGGAUGUUUAGUUGUUGCCGUCUAGUAUGCUGGCGACAAUAUAAAGAGCGUUGUAGCAGACGUACCUCAUGUCCCUGCCACUUGCCGCCUCAAGGCCUCACGUCUCGUCGAGACAAUGCUCUCUGUCCAAGACUUGCCCACUGGGCAGUCUGUGACUCCCACAACGUGUCUGUAGCGCGGGUGGAACCUUGAUGUUGGCCGUCGAGAGAGAUGGGGAGGAGAGAGGCAGAAAACGCCCGAAAUG